CCGUGACGUCACGGAUUUGACGCUGCGCGUGCCAUUGCUACACGCCGGGUCGUUCCUGCGGGGUAAUGUGUCACCCUCCGUGUUCUUCCAACUGUCCCACAGAUAACCCGGCACGGCCACCGGGUUAGCGCACAUUUUCCCCUCCGCAGAAGUGACCAGUGCGCACGCGGCUGCUGCUCCUCAUCUCCACGCGGGCUGUGGAACAAACCGCCUCUGGAACCGGAUCGUGGGCUGACUGCACGAUAGAAGAUGGCAAUGUUAAAUCAGGACUUUAACACUUACAUGGAGUCAUGGAUGGGCCCCAUAGACCAGAGGGUGCGGGGAUGGCUGCUGUUAGACGACUACACGCCGACCUUUGCACUGACAGUCAUCUACCUACUGAUUGUCUGGAUGGGACCCAAGUACAUGAGACACAGGCAGCCGUACUCCUGCAGAGGCCUCAUGGUGCUUUACAAUCUGGGCCUCACUCUCUUAUCCUUCUACAUGUUCUAUGAGCUGGUUGCAGCCAUGUGGGAAGGUGGUUACAACUUCUACUGCCAAAACACCCACAGCUCACAGGAAGCAGAUGUUAAGAUCACAAAGGUGCUGUGGUGGUACUACUUCUCCAAGCUUAUUGAAUUUAUGGACACUUUCUUCUUCAUCCUACGGAAAAAUAAUCACCAGAUUACGUUUCUUCACAUCUACCACCACGCGAGCAUGCCGAAUAUCUGGUGGUUUGUUAUGAACUGGAUACCCUGCGGUCACUCAUAUUUCGGUGCCUCCUUAAACAGUUUUGUUCACGUGGUGAUGUAUUCAUACUACGGGCUCUCAUCUAUCCCAGCUAUGCGGCCUUACCUUUGGUGGAAGAAGUACAUCACACAGUUACAGCUGAUUCAGUUCUUUUUAACAGUGUUCCACACCAUGUCUGCAGUCAUAUGGCCAUGUGGCUUCCCGAUGGGGUGGCUGUAUUUCCAAAUAAGUUACAUGAUCACACUUAUCAUCCUUUUCUCAAAUUUCUACAUUCAGACUUACAAGAAACGUAUUGUUUCUCAUAAAAAGGAGCAUCACAAUGGCUCUCCUGUGUCGCCAAAUGGACAUGCAAAUGGAACGUCAUCUAUGGAAAACAAAGCACCUAAAAAGCUGAGGGUGGAAUGACAUUUGAGAAACACACACCCAAAUCUCACUGCAGUGCAUUAGCUACAGCUUCUGGAAGGGAUAUGCAUGUUCUUAUUUAGAACUUUGAGAGGAAACAAGCCAUAAAAUGUAAAAUCUAUCUACAGACUUUAUAUUUUUUUGUAAAUAUCCUGACAAUCAAAUUUACUUGAUACUACAGUAGGUGUCAUACUGCACCACUUGACCCCUACCUGUUUGUAAUUCACUCCAAAGAGAAACUCGGCUUUAGUAGCAAGCACAUAGUUUAAUGUCCAAAGGCAAAGACACCAGUGAAUGAUUUGUGCUUCUGUAACCUAGGAGACAGUUAAAUGACGCACUGCUUACUGUGGCCCUUAUUAUCCAUCCUUUUCCUACAUUUCAGGCCUGCAACACAUUCCAAAAAAUAAUAUGGAGGAAAUGUAGGGUUAGUAAUUGGGUAAAAAAACAAACACAAAAAAUGUAAUUAAUCAAUAGAUGAUAUAACCACAUAGGCACAGGAUUACCUUGGGAAAGCUUCAUGAAACACUGCAAUAUUGAGUUACAUUUACAAAUGCCAUUAUGUCUAACGAGGCCACAAAGCUAGUUUCUUGCUUUUUUUGCACUUUCAUGAAGCAUAACAUUGCCCAUGUAGCAGCCUUAAUGUAAUAAUCUUAUUCUACCAGCUGUAAGACUGCAAAUUAUAUACUGUAGUAUUCUGCAGUGACUGACCACAGGAAUGGAGAUUGGCUUUAUUUAAAUGUGUAGAACAUACUUCUAAAUAAUCUCUCCCUUUUUACAAAGUUUAGUUUGUGUCCUUUAGGCCUACCUUAUAUUUCAUUAGAUAAAGAUUACACAGGUAAGUCUAUAUGAAUGUUUUCCUUAGUGCAAAAUGCUGUAGUGCACUUUACAGUAUCCCAAACUGUAGUAACACUAUAUUAUGUAAGUAAAUCCCUUCGGCUACUCCCUUGUUUGCAUUCGGGGUCACCACAGCAAAUCCAAGGUGGGUCUGUAUGUUAAAUUGGCACAGCGUUUACACUGGAUGCCCUUCCUGACGCAACUCCACAUUACAUGGACAAAUGUGGAAGGGGUGGGGUUUGAACUGGGAACCUUCUGCACUGAAACCAAGUGCACUAACCACUUGUCCGCCAUCCCUGCAGUAACACUAUAUCAUGGAGUUACUCUUUUUUUUUAUCUUUAAAAAAUAGGGUGCCUUCUGAAGCAAGAAGCUGAAGCAUUCAUAAAUAUAGUUCAUAAAUAGUUCAUACUUUAUAUUCAUAAAGUAUAGAAACAGUCAACAGCGUAAGGACUCACGAGGUUGAAUGUAGCAACUAUCACUUUUACAUCUACAUGGUUUUAGGCAAGUAUGGAAUUUGUACACUAAAUUAGUAUCCUUCGAGUUUCAAUAAGUAAACAGUGGGCAUAAGAUGGUAAACCUGAGAUUUGUUUUCAAUGUGAGAUUAAUGAUCUUUUCUUUAAGCAUUUCAUUAUUUCAUGUUAUAAAAAUUUUAUUUAAAUGUACUGUAUGUUGUAUAAUAAACUUUAUAUCCAAUCAGGGCUGAAAAUAGAACACAGUCGCAGUAUAUAUAUAUAUAUAUAUAUAUAUAAAAAUAAUUUUGGAAUGGAUGUAUUACAUUUUUACAAAACUACAUUAUGAAGACUUAAAAAUACUAUUUAAUUUAAAUACUAUUUUAGGAAGCCGGUUGUGUAGCGGGUCCAUAAAACAUCAAAAUUAACUUUGUAUUAUUAAAACCCUGCAGCUGGAAAAAUAGUGAAAGAUCAAGUAAAAUGCUUUUAAUAACAGAUUUUUUAAAAAUUACAUCUAGUCCUGCAGGAUUCAUACACAUCACUGCAUUUCUUACUGGAUAUUUUGUCAUCCAAUGGGCGCGCACGCACACACACACACACACACACACACACACAAGAUGAACAUGUUUUAGUCUGUUGUUGCCCAAGUGUUUUUUUUUUUUUUUUUGGUUUGUUUGUUUUAAACAGGGCCACUUAUUGUGUACAGGGGAUACAGGAGACAGUCAGCAUUCUUUGAUUAGUAAUUAUUUUCAUGUGCAAAAUCUUACCUCCUACAUUUGUCUAAUUUCUAGUCAAAAUAUCUAAUCUACACCUAAAAGUUGCUUAGGUAAACAUUUACUAAGAUACAAGGGCUUGUUUUUAGAUAAUACAGCUUAAAUAUCUUGCUUAAUUGAAAGUGUCUUGGAAACAUCUUGUUUUGCUGAACAUUCUGAACAGAAAUUAGGCAGAUAUGCAUUGUACGAUUGUGUGUUUUCAUUAUUUUUAAAUCAAAUUUACUGUAUAAUAUUUAGAUUAAUACUGAACAGUGAUUAUGUACCUCACAGAUACAUUCAAAGUUAUGCUGCUACUUAAAUACUUUGCUGCCAUUCCAUUAUGUGUAAUCCAUAUUAAACCCAUAUAAUACUGCUGUAGUGCCUAUGAUCUUAACAGUAAAGUAGCAGUAUUUUACUGGUCCAGCGUCAUCCACUUCUACAACACUUGUAUUAAACUCACGUUUGUGAUUCAAAUGUUUGCUGAAAAGUUUUGACUCAACUACUUUGGAAAAAUAAAAGCACAAGUGAUUUUGCCUCUCCAUUUUAUCUGUUGGUCCAUAUGAGACAUGUCACACCGUUUCCCCGCUCGUGCUGUCGGUUGGGUCUGUGUGUGUUUUAUGAUAAAGCAAAGCAAGCGGAGUAAUGCUCGACAUCCUUGCAGGUGAAGUGUUUGGAAUGCUGUUGAGAUUUCUGGAGGGCGACAGCAGAGAUACAGAUGGGUUUGCAACAGCUAUUAAGUUCUAUUUUUUGGAUCACUCCUAACAGCAAUAAUAGAACUAAUGCUUUGAAGGUUUUUGUGACAGGGCCAGGAUUUUAUCACCACUUGUGGCUUUGACCCCAGAGCAAUUAAAA